AGCAGCAGCAGCAGCAGCGGCAGCAUCAGCAGCAGCGGCAGUGGCGGUUCGAGCGACAACGCCAGCGGCAGAGGUUCCAUGUCCGCGUGGGAGGCCCGGUCGAAGCUCCCGUUCCACAUGCUGCCGUUCGAAGUUCAAGCCUACCACCUGCAACAGCUUAACCAGCAAAGGUUGCACCUGCACACCUCUCAGAACGACACCAGCAGGGCUAAUGGCGGUGGCGAUGGCGAGAGCUCAACCCCUCCGGCGCCGAUGCUCCCUGCGGAAGAAGAAUGCGCGGUGGUAGAGAGCGCGUGGUUCCCGCUCAUGCCGCCUGCCAUGGCCGGAGAAGCACCGCCGGCAAGCGCUUCCCCCUCUACACAAUGCGCUGAAUUGGGCGCGGAUGUUGGCCCGCUCUAUGCCGAUCGCGCGAGUUUGGGCUUGGUCGAAAAUGGAGCUAUGCAUACGUGGGAAUGGGACACGCGGGAGGAGGGCCACCAGCAGAGGAAAAUCGUACACCUCAUGGCGUCGCGCAGUCUUCGGCGAAUCAGCUUGAAGUCCACCGCGACCACCAACACCGCUUCCACCACUUUCGCGACCUCGUCCACUUCGGCGAGCUCGUGCGAAGGCGGGUCCGAAGGAGAAGCAGAGGGGCAAUCCGUUCCGGGCUGCUCUUGCCUUUCGUCUGGCUCCCCGUCCGCUUUUCGCCCUCCUCUUACCCCGCCUCGUCGUCCAGAUUCUGGUGCGAAGUCGACGGCGGCGGCAGUACUGGUGCCAAGAGCUCGCCGGCAAGACCACCGCCGACGACAACGUCAGCACCCGGCGGCAGAGGCGGCGGUGAGUGUCCCCGGCGGCGGUGGCGGCGACGACGACGUUAAUCCUAAGGCGAAGACGACCAAGGCCCUGACCUGCGUGGCCCUCUCGGGUUUCGUGCCGGGCGGGGGCGCGGCGGUCGUCCAAGAGCUGUCCCUCGAUCUCAGCAACGCCUGCCGCGCGCUGGCCUCGUGGUCGCUCACCGUAGCGCGGGUCAUGGCGGAGGAAGAGGAACACAGCGGGGAGCUGAUGCCGGCGCGCCUGGCUAACCACAUCUGGCCGGGGUCGAGCGCCCUCGCGCUGCGGAAGCGAGGCGAGCGCGGCGGUGGGAAGGACGGCGGCCAGGUCGGAUGCGGCACCCAGGCGGCGGGCGCCAGGCUGGAGCCGCGGCGGCGCAUUACCCGCGUCAAGGUCGAGAGCGACAUCGCCGUAACCGCGGCUUCGUGGCCGUCAACGAUGAGGUGCCUGGAGUUCGGGGACCGGUUCAACAGCCCGGUGGAGGGCGUCGACCUCCCCGCCGACCUGGAGGUGAUUAGGUUCGGGGACAGGUUCAACCAGCCGGUCAGCAGGGUCCGCUGGCCGGCGGCGCUGCGCGAGCUUGUGUUCGGGAACGACUUCAACCAGCCGGCCUCUGGCAUGGACCUCCCCGCCGGCCUCCGCCGCCUGGACUUCGGCGGGCGGUUCAACUUUUCGGUGUCCGCCGUGGAUUUGCCGGAGGAGUUGCGGGAGCUGCGGUUCGGACAGGGCUUCAACAGGGAGAUCUCGAACGUUCGGUGGCCGCCCCUCCUGUCGAGGCUGGACUUCUGCGGGGAGCUGCAGCAGAGGGUCGAGGACGUGGCCUGGCCCGGCUCCUUGACGCACCUCGCCCUCCUCGGCGACUUCAACCAGCCGAUCCACGCGGUGAAGUGGCCCGCCGGCCUGACGACCGUCCACUUCGGGGACCGCUUCCAGCAGCCGCUGGCGGCCGCCGGCGCGGCAGGGUGGCCGCCGCGCAUGGAGAGGAUCGUGCUAGGGAGGGGCUACAGCAAGAACCUCUCUGGGUGCGUGCCGCUUCCCGUGGAGGACGGGUCGGCGUGUCGCUCCCUGUCGUGCGCCCGGGGGGACGAUGGUGGGGGUGGCCUCUCGCAGCCCGUGUCCUCCCGCAGGGCUCCUUGCGUCGUUGUCAAAUGCAGCGACGACGAUGGUGAUGGCGACGACUGCGGAAGCAACGGCAUGAUGAUGCUGGCCCGGGAAGGCCCUCUGCCGACGGCGGAAGAAGAUCAAGUGUUGGCUAGGUACGCGGUGGAAACGACAACGGCGGCCGCGGCGGUGUCCGCCGAAGGCGAAGGGCCUGUUCUUGAUGGUGGCGGGGGCGAUGACGAGCACUACUGGGACGAUGAAGAGGGAGCGGAGGAGGGUGAGCGGGAGCUCCCGUGUUUGGAUGUUUUCGGUUUCGAGGAUUGUGCGUUGGACGACAUUGGGGAAGCGGGGGAUCCAUGCCCUCCUCCUGGGUCGUACGAUGCCGAUGACAGUACUGGCCAUCUUGGUUUCUAGACGGGAGUGAAGACGUUUCCAUUAUGUAUUGCUUGUACCUGUUGUUCUAUUCCGCGCCCUUUGUGUUAAUUUUAUCAGGGUCAUCUUGCCUACUCGAUUUUUCGUACUUUUAUGGCUUUGUUUUUCUGUGUUUGUCUGGCCACUGCUGUGUAUCCGCCCAUCCUUUUCAAAAGGAGAGGAGUGGACAUGUUGUUCGUUUCAUUUUUCCGUGUCUGCCUGUCAAACUAGACUGCUUGUUAGAGUUUUCUGUCACUGGGAUGUACGUGAAAGGCUCGUCGCUAGGUUGUUUCCAUGCUUGGUUGUAUGGCUUCUUGCUGUCGCUGUGUCGUGUGCUGGCGCCGCGUAGUAUAUCGAAAGUAGCCAUUUUGUGUCGUGUGUGUUUUCUGCUUCAGUUGGGGACUUGUGACUGUUUGGAUUCACAAUGGCAUGCAUCAUCAUGGUGAGUGGCCCAGUGGCCCCUCUUGGUCCAAUUGCGCACGUGUUUGUGGAGCGCAGAGUUCUCUAUCUUGUUCUUUGUUAUAAGGACGUGGUAGGAAGGAGUGUCGCUUUUUUUCUUCUUGCCGUUUUGUUGGGAUUGGACAGAAAGAGCGAGAUAGCAAAGCGGCGUUAUCUCUCCUUGUGUGGGUUGACCUCGUGUAUUCUCCCCUUGAGGUGUGCCUGUCUCCCGUUGUUUGUCGUGUCUGUCUGUGUCCUAUUCAAGGGAUGAUUGUCUUACCUUGCUUGUAUCCGCUUUUCCCUGCGUUUGCGAGACCCCGCUCUUCGCUUUUGGGCCACAUGUUCCCCGUUUACUUUCCUUUGCCUCUACAGCCAUCCUAUCCAGCCUUCUCAAACAAUCGUGAUGAAGGAAAUCUUUGCUUACUACAUGGGCAACAUGGCUAGGGGUAAGGGGAGCAGUGGUAAGGUUCGUUUUGUGGCUUAUUAUAGAUGGAUGGCCACACACCCUUGUAUGUCGUGGAGUGAUUCUCAUUGGUGUCGAGAGCGGGGCCGCAGGCUUGGUUGGUGGACGGUCGCGUUUGC